AUGUUGGCAGCGAUAGCGAAAACAGUCAUCCCUACCGCAAUACCCCCAUCAUACCGGGCAGCAACAGUGAAAACAGUCAUCCCUACACCAAUACCCCCAUCAUACCAGGCAGCAACAGUGAAAACAGUCACCCAUACCCCAAUACCCCCAUCAUACCAGGCAGCAACAGUGAAAACUGUCAUCCCUACCGCAAUACCCCCAUUAUACCAGGCAGCAACAGCGAAAACUGUCACCCAUACCCCAAUAGCCCCAUCAUACCAGGCAGCAACAGUGAAAACUGUCAUCCCUACCCCAAUACUCCCAUCAUACCAGGCAGCAACAGCGAAAACAGUCACCCAUACCCCAAUACCCCCAUCAUACCAGGCAGAAACAGGGAAAAAAGUCACACCUCCCCCAAUAGCCCCAUCAUUCCAGGCAGCAACAGGGGAAAAAGUCACACCUCCCCCAAUAGCCCCAUCAUACCAGGCAGUGACGGCAGAAACAGGGAAAAAAGUCACACCUCCCCCAAUACCCCCAUCAUACCAGGCAGAAACAGGGAAAAAAGUCACACCUCCCCCAAUAGCCCCAUCAUACCAGGCAGCAACAGUGAAAACAGUCACCUAUACUCCAAUACCCCCAUCAUACCAGGCAGCAACAGUGAAAACAGUCACCUAUACUCCAAUACCCCCAUCAUACCAGGCAGCAACAGCGAAAACAGUCACCCAUACCCCAAUACCCCCAUCAUACCAGGCAGCAACAGUGAAAACAGUCACCCCUACCCCAAUACUCCCAUCAUACCAGGCAGCAACAGUGAAAACAGUCACCCAUACCCAAAUACCCCCAUCAUACCAGGCAGCAACAGGGAAAAAGGUCACACCUCCCCCAAUAGCCCCAUCAUACAAGGCAGCAACAGGGAAAAAAGUCACACCUCCCCCAAUAGCCCCAUCAUACCAGGCAGUGACAGUGAAAACAGUCAACCAUACCCAAUACCACCAUUAUAACAGGCAGAAACAGGGAAAACAGUCAUCCCUACCCCAAUACCCCAGUCAUACUGGGCAGCAAAAGUACAAACAGUCACCCCUAUUCAUGAUUUAUUUUAAAAUGGGUUAA